UGCCCAGAGGAUGGGAGGGGGAAGCUUGGUGGGGUGGUACCCAGACAAACUCCCAGGUCUGCUCUCCAGGCCAUCCAGCCCCUCUGGACUGUGCCCUGCUCACUCAAACAGGCUGGAAGUGCUGGGCAAGCUCGGUCCAGCCAUGGGCAGAUGAGGGGAUCAGAGGAGUGGGAAGCAGACUGCAGACCCUUCAACCCACCUCAAACCUGCUUUCCUGGAGUCAGCCUGCAGGCUGGGCAGGCAGUCCUCGAGUCUUGGAAUUCCCACUUCCAGCAGUGAAUCCUGUCUCCCCUGCUGCUGAUUGACUGUGCAUAUGCUGGCAUCCAGGAUGGAGACAGUACAAAGCGAGACCCUGAUUGAUGAGGUGGAGGAGAUGAGUGGAAGAGCUGACGUGACUCUGGACCCAGACACCGCCAACCCCUUCCUCGUUCUGGCCAGUGACCAGCGAGGGGUGGGCCGGGGGCACGAGUGGGCGCUGCUGCCCGACAGCCCCGAGCGCUUUGACACGGAGCCGUGCGUGCUGGGCAGCCAGGCCUUCGCUGCAGGGAGACACUGCUGGCAGGUGGAGGUGGCCGAGGCGGGGGACUGGUGGGCAGUGGGAGUGGCCCGGGAGUCUGUCAGGAGGAAGGGGGUCCUCAAUUUUACGCCCCAGGAGGGGAUCUGGGCCGUGGGGCAGUGGUUUGGACAGUACCACGCUUUCAGUGAUCCUGACUGGACCCCACUGCACCUUCCCUGCCUCCCCAGGGCCAUCCAGGUCUGCCUGGACUUCACCUACAAGCAGGUGACUUUUGCUGAUGCUGAGAGUGAAGCCCCAAUCUUUGCUUUCUGCCUGGCCUCGUGUGCUGGGGAGAGGCUGCGCCCGUGGCUCUGGCUGGGGAUGGACUCGUGGCUCAAGCUGUGCCCCUGACAGGGAGGGAACAUCAGGGGCGGGGGAGAGGCUGGAAAGGCAAACGCCAUCCGUCACCUUGGGUCCUGGUGCUGGGAACUGGGGGUUCCUGCAUCCUGCUGGCUUCUCAUGAGGAUCCUCUGGCCCCCAAGGAGAGGACAGGCAGGUGAUGGAGGUGGAUGCCACAACAGAGCCUCCUUUAUCCCCCACCCCUCGGCUGGGACUGCGGGGACAACAGGGAGCACAGACACUGGGAGCAGGGAGGGGCUUGGUGCCCGGUGGUCCCUGGCAGGGACCAUCACUGAGUGCCAGGGCACUGCAGAGCUGCUCUGUAUGAGGCCAUGGAAAAUGCAGCAGGGUCCAGCUCCUCCCAGGGUGCUGGUGUAGUGCCUCUGGCUUUUUUCAAUUAAGUUAAAAAACCCCAGACAUAGCAGGAUACCCAUGAUAACACUUAUCUUCCCCACACAUCCAGAGCCUGUCCUUGCCUGAUGUGCACCAAGCACGUUUCUUGCAGCAGAGCACUGGGAGCAGUGCAGGGGCAGCAGCAGGGGCAGCCCAGGAAGGAAAGCAGAAUGCUGAGCUGGGUCUGAAACCCACAGGAGAGGCUGGAAUCCACAAGAAUGGCCACAGAUUUGCCAUUCUCAAGGUCCCACCUCACAGGAUCCUGCUAAAUCCUGUCCUUAGGAGAGGAGUAGGUGAAGAGGGACAUUGCCUGGGUUCAGCCUAGAUUUCAUCAUUUCUGGUUGGACCUUCUUUACUGCCACUUCAGUUGUCAUUUUUGUGGUGGCAUCUGGGCACAGACAACAAUAUUGGUCUCCCUGCUCUACUCCAGGAGCUGCAGUUGCAGGACUGGGUCAAACCCAGGUAUCUGCCCCCAGAGCUCUGCCCUAAGCCUCUUCCACUGUGGUAGCAUCAAGACUGGGGAAACCCAGGGUUCUCUGCUCCCACAGAGGCACUUGCUGCUGUCCAUGGGCAGGAGCCUCUGAGACUGUCCUAUUUUCCUUGGGAUAGAGUUAAUUUUCCUCUCAGUGGCCAGAACAGUGCUGGGUUUGGGAUUUAAGGUGAGGAUAAUAUUGGUAGCAACAAGCCAACCAUCAGGCAUGUGGUGUUUACGUGGCCUUCUCUGUGCCUCAUGCUCUGCCAGCGAGGAGUUGGACGGGAAGCUGGAGGGGAGCACAGCCAGGACAGUGACCCAAACUGGCCAUUCAGAUAUUCCACACCAUAAAACAUCCUGCCCAGAGUGUAAACUGGGGGAGCUGCUGGUCAGGGGCUGAUGGCUGCUGGGAGACAAGCUGGGCACAGAGCAGCGGGUGCUGAGCACCUACACUGGGCAUCACUUGUUCCACUUGGGGUUUAUAUUUUUUUCAUUAGAAUUAUUAUUAUCAUUAGUAUUAUUAUAUAUUACUUUUAUCUCAAUUAUUAAGCUGGUUUUAUCUCAAAUAAAAAGGUUUUUUUCCCCCAUCCCCCUUGGAGGGUGGUGUGUGACU